GGGACGUGGAAAUAGCGCUUCGGAUUUUGCUGCAUUAAGAAAAUCGGGACUUUUGGCCUGCAAUAUGGAAUCUGAUGAUCGUAUGCAAUGCCCAUAUGACAAAAAUCAUUUGAUUCGGCCCAGCAGGUUUCCCUAUCACCUUGUUAAAUGCAGAGAGAAUAAUCGUGCAGCGGCUAAAGAGCUAGCAACUUGUCCGUACAAUGCUCGCCACAGAGUCCCGAAACAGGAGCUUGAUCUGCACAUGGCCAGCUGUGAAUACAGAGUGGCUAUGGAGCCUUUGACUGCUGACUUUUCAAACAUGGUGGCGGAGAAGUCAACAUGGCAAUGCCCCCCUUGUGAAGAAGUCUGGGAAACUGAUGAGGAUCCCGUGUCAAAGCCUAAGCCUUUUAUAUUAAAUGAGUUUGCUCCUGCUCAGCCUUAUAAUAGGUCUGAAGAACAUGGAUAUUUGCCCUAUACUGAGCUAAGCAGCGACCGCAGACCUAAAGUCCAGCUUAGUAACUCUGUCAAGCAAGUUAAGCAGAAUCAGCCUGAACCGGAGCCUUUUACGUCUAGUAAUUGCAACUAUAACCCACGAUCCAAUGAACCAGCCAAUCCAAAGCAACAUACAAUGAAUGGCUACAAACCUGUGACUAUAAAUGCAAACCCAUGGUGCAGGCAAGCAGGAGGGUCAAGAGGAGCUGCCGCUCCAAAGUGGGGUGCUAAUUCUUCAGAUGAGUGGCCAAGAAACAAAGAAUUUCCUACUCAAAAGACGCAGUUGGUGAAUGGGUACAAACCUGUAGCAGCAAAUGCAAAUCCAUGGUGCAGGCAACCAGGAGGGUCAUCUGCUGCUCCAGAACAGUUGGGUGUUGACUCUUUGGAAGAGUGGCCAAGCCUUGGACACCAGCCACGGAUUAGGAAGUAAAUCUAAACAUUAAAAACAGGACUCCUCUGGACCUGUUAAUGACUUGUCUGACACGUGGAUUUUUAAAAUGUUAAGCUGCUAUUUUAUACUUUAUACCAACUUUUUUUAAUAGCCUUGUUUUUAACAUAAAGCAUUGUUUUUAUAUCACUAAUGAUACAUAUUUACUUGAACUUUUUUAACCAAUAAAUGUUUUAUAUAUUCA